AUGCCGGCCCUCAUCGAUGCCAGCUCCGAGAGCUUUUCGCGGGGCGGGCGCCUCCGCGCCUCCGUGGAUGCUGCCGCCUUCGAGGCGGAGCUGCAGGCAGCCAUGGGUGAGGCCCUGGGCUGCGGUGGCGAGGUCGCCCCUGAAAAGCUGCGCCAGCUGGAGGCAGAUCUGUCCAGUGCAUUCGCCACCCUGCCAAAGAAUGGGGCCGGCCGCAUUGACCGACGCUCAUUGCGCUACCUCACCUACCGCCACUUCAACCAGAAGUAUGCGCUUGUUAUUCGGGGGUUCGAACCCUCCAGGCCGACCAACGAGUCCCUGUGGGCUGCGGCUGAGGUGCUCAGCGAGAAGGUGCCCGGCUACGUCGAGAACGUGCUGAUGUCACGGCACGCGGAGGAGCGUGGCUUCGACUUGCAGGAUGCCGCCUUGCUGAUAACGACCAUCGAGCAACUCGUGUUCGAUUCGGAGAGCACGUUGCUGGCCACAGUCUAUGAGAAGCAGCGGAAGCCCCUGGUGCGGCCGCUGAGCCGCCAGGGCGUCCAUCAGCUUCUCGAGGCCUAUCUGGUGCAUUGGCUUCUGGGGUCGGAUGAGGAGGGCAUUCGAAUGCUGCUGAACAGUGAGCGGCUCCGCCGAAAGACCUUCCCGCACUGGGAAGAGCUGGUCGCCUUCGCACACGGCCAGGUGAAGGCCUUGGACUGGGAAAGGGCACGCAGCUCGGGCUCUAGUGGUCUCACGGCUGGCCGGUACAGCUUUGAAGAUGCCCACGAGAUCGUGGGCGGCAUCACCCACUCCUUCGCAUCCUUCUGGGAGUCCGAAUGCACUGAAAUGAAGGAGCAGCUGAUCGCCAUGGACUCUCAGCACACCGGUCGAGUCCCGCUGUCCAAGUUCUACGGCACCGGUCUGGAAGCCGACUGGCGCUUUGCUGAAUCCGAGGCUUACCUCCGGGAGCUGGGAGCCCUGGAUGAGACGGGCCGUGCUGGGAAGCAGGUGAUCAUCCCGAAUUAUAUCCAGGCGGCUUCGAACUGCAUCGUUGCCACAAAUCACUACAUGGUCUGCUGCGUUAACGACUGCAACCCGCUCCUCGCAGAACUUGACCGCUCUCUGAGGAGCCCCAUGGCAGAGCCCCAGAGGAUUUUGGCCGUCGUGCGAAACAUGUCCUCGGGAACCUCCCUGGAGGAUGAGGCUGACGCUGCCCGUGUGGAUGCAACGAUGGCAGCUCAGUUGGAGACCAUCGCGGCAAACCACGGCGGGGAGGUUCCCAUCCAUGGCCGCCUGUUCUUGCAGUGGCUUCACUACGUCUUCCCUCGACAGUGCCCCUUUCCCCACAAAUCCGGGACCACAGUCCACCGUGCACCCCUGGAGUUCGAAGGCGAGUAUGUGGCCUCGCAAGAAACCAUGAAGGCUCGCUCGUUGCAAUUGUUUUGUUGCGGAUUGUCAUAG